UCGAUCAUUCUCGUUAUCUUCUUCAAAUUUCAUGAUUUUUAUUUGAUUGAUCGGAAGAAGUUCUAAGUUUUUUCGGUGAUUGUCAGUUAAAGAAUAUGGGAACUCAAAAUAAGUCAGUGCCUGCAACACUUUUCAUAUGCCUUCUCCUGUUUCCUUUGGUGUUUUCUGCUUCCAAUGAUGGGUUGGUCAGAAUUGGACUAAAGAAGAGGAAGUUCGACCAGAACAAUCGAGUUGCUGCCCAGAUUGAGUCCAAGGAAGGAGAAGCUUUCAAGGCAUCUAUUCGCAAAUAUCGCCUCCGUGGAAACCUAGGAGAUCCGGAGGACACUGAUAUUGUGGCACUCAAGAACUACAUGGAUGCUCAGUAUUUUGGCGAGAUUGGUAUUGGUACGCCACCUCAGAAGUUUACUGUGAUUUUCGACACUGGUAGUUCUAAUCUUUGGGUGCCUUCUGCUAAGUGCUAUUUCUCGGUGGCUUGCUAUUUCCACUCGAAGUACAAAUCGCGUAGUUCAAGUAGCUACAAGAAGAAUGGUAAAUCUGCGUCAAUCCAAUAUGGAACUGGAGCUAUCUCUGGUUUCUUCAGUGAGGACUAUGUGAAAGUUGGUGACCUCGUGGUCAAAGAUCAGGAAUUUAUUGAGGCAACAAGAGAACCCAGCAUCACAUUCUUGGUAGCCAAGUUUGAUGGAAUACUUGGCCUUGGGUUUCAAGAGAUUUCCGUUGGAAAUGCUGUGCCUGUUUGGUACAACAUGGUCAAUCAAGGUCUUCUUAAGGAACCAAUUUUCUCAUUUUGGUUUAACCGCAAUGCCGACGAAGACGAAGGAGGUGAAAUUGUUUUUGGCGGAGUGGAUCCAGACCAUUACAAGGGUGAACACACUUAUGUUCCUGUUACACGGAAAGGCUACUGGCAGUUUGAUAUGGGUGAUGUUUUGGUCGAUGGUAAAUCAACUGGAUUUUGUGCCGACGGCUGCUCAGCAAUUGCUGAUUCUGGGACCUCUUUAUUGGCUGGGCCAACGACUAUAAUUACGGAACUGAAUCAUGCCAUUGGAGCAACGGGAGUUGUAAGUGAAGAAUGCAAGGCCAUAGUUGAACAAUAUGGGCAAACCAUAAUUGAAAGCCUUUUAGCGAAGGACCAGCCCAAAAAGAUCUGCGCUCAAAUUGGUUUAUGUUCUUUUGAUGGGACUCGUGGUGUGAGCAUGGGAAUUAAGAGUGUUGUGGAUGAGAAUGUUGGCAAGGCAUCCGGUGAUCUGCGUGAUGGAAUGUGCUCGGCUUGUGAGAUGGCAGUUGUAUGGAUGCAAAACCAGAUCAAGCAGAAUCAAACGCAGGAUCAAAUUCUUAACUAUGUGAAUCAGCUAUGUGAACGGCUGCCGAGCCCAAUGGGAGAAUCAGCAGUUGAUUGUGGCAGUCUGUCUUCCUUGCCUGAUGUUUCAUUCACCAUCGGUGGAAAGAAAUUUGAACUCAAACCUGAGGAGUACAUACUCAAAGUUGGUGAGGGUGAUGUGGCUCAGUGCAUUAGUGGUUUUACGGCUUUGGAUGUGCCGCCUCCUCGUGGACCUCUCUGGAUCCUAGGAGAUGUGUUCAUGGGUCGUUACCACACGGUGUUCGACUACGGGAACAUGAGGAUUGGGUUUGCAGAAGCCGCGUAAAUAUGUUUAUUUCAUAUGCUUGUCGGACUCUGUUUAUGUUUCUCUGUUGUGACCAUGUUUAAUACCGUAGAGACAUGGGAACCUCACACUUGAAGUGAAUAACAGUUGUAUGUAAAUACUCUCGGUUUAUGGCUUUUAUCAGAACUGCAUCCAGUUUUUCUUUUCGCUUUAAUCUAGGAAAAAAUGGAUUGCUUUGGUUA